AUGCCUGAAAGCAAAGUUGAUACUACGCCUCCAAAUUACUUGCAAAUUAAUCAAGGAAAUAACGAACUUAUACAACCAAAUAUAAGUUCUAUUAUUUCCGAACCUAAUAUGUCACACGAUGAUUCAUUGUUAGGUGUAUUUUAUGGUAUUGGUAUGAAUGUAAAUAAUGUAUUAGGAUCAGGAAUAGUUACUUCACCAGGAAUUAUUUGGAACUUAGUAAAGUCUCCAAGGAUUAUAUUAAUUUUAUGGCUUAUAGGUGGACUUAUUAGUAUGACAGGAACGUUAACUUACGUUGAACUUGGAGCUAUGCAUAAAAUAAGUGGUGGAGAGACGAAAUAUUUACAGACUGCUUAUCCAAAACCGAAACUUAUGAUGAGCUACCUUUUCAGCCUUAUGUUUAUUUUUGCAAUACAACCAGGAAUUAUAAGUUCUGUCUUGCAAACCGCAGCACUGUAUUUUUGGUAUACCAUUACGGGAUCUCAAUACGAUAAAGAUCCUGAGGAAUACGACAACUUUAAAUUUUCUCCGAUGUGGAGUAUAAAGAUUAUUGCAAUUGCAACAAUAAUAGGAAUUGUUAAAUUGAUUAUAAAUUGGGAGACAAGUCGCAGUAAUUGGCAUGAACCAUUAAAAGUAGAUACAGGAAUCAUAGAAUACUCUCAUUCGAUUUUGUUGAUUAUGUUCUCCUAUAAUGGCUGGAAUAAUUUGAAUUAUUCAUUAGACGAAUUUAGAAAUCCGGAAAAGAAAUUGAUUUUCAGUAAUAGCAUCAGCGUUGGAAUCGUCUCUAUAAUGUAUCUUCUCGUAAAUAUUGCAUAUAUCUCUGUUUUACCAAAAGUAGACGUGGAUAAUGAAACGACAAAUGAAACUAUAGCAGCAUCAUUCUUUUCUCAAUUAUUUAAAAGCGAUAUAGUUGUUAGAAUUUUCACUUUACUUAUUGCACUCUCUGUAAUUGGAACUGCUGCGGCUUUGGUAUGGAGUGGAUCAAGAGUUAUUCUUGCAGCAGCAAGAUCAAACUUUUUUCCAGUAUAUUCGGAUCAAUUAAGAACAUGGCAUGAAGAUUAUAAUACACCAGUUAAUGCACUUCUAGUGCAAUUUAUUUGGUGUUCACUAAUUAUAUUAUUUGUUGGUGAGAAUAAAACAAUCACGAGUCGUGAAUCAUUUAAAAUGUUUGCAAUUUAUAGUCUUUGGUUUUUUUAUUUGGCUACUGGUGUAGGAUUAGUGGUGUUACGAUAUAAAAGGCCCGAGGAACAUCGUCCCUUUAAAGUUUGGUUACCCAUAACAGGAUUAUUUAUAUUGGCAGGAAUAUUUAUACUAUUAUAUCCAUUAAUAGUUGAAUGUUCAGAUAAAAGAAAUUGUAUAAAUAUAGUAAGAAAUCCUAUAUACUUGAGUUACGGAUUUCUUUUCAUUGCUUUGAUGUCAUGGUGUUUGAAGAAAAAGCAACAAGCUGAUAUCGACACGACUGAAUUUUACACAUCUUCCUAA